AGAGGUGCCGGUCACAUCCGAACGAAGAGUAAUUUUGUAAAAAUGCCAUUUUCCGCCAUUGGUAAUUACCAAUUAGUUUCACAGAUAUAUCAAUACAAGAAGCAUCGCAUCGCCUGCAAUGUUAAAGUUUUGCCGACACUUGUGACCCAUUUUGAGCGGGAACCGAAAAAUGUUUUCCAUUGGAUGACAGGGGAUCGCUGGAGCAGGAUUGAGAGUGGUCUGUGGCGUGUGUUCGAAAACAUUAAGAACUGGGAAGAUGCCAAGAAGCUAGACACCAAUCUCCUUAUUGACCACAUCAGUGUGCGCAUCCAGGCCACCGAUAAGCCUCAUCCUGCAACGCUCAGCCUUCUGGCCGGGACGGAACUGUCAUCUAAGGAUCUCAGCCUGGACAUCCAGCUGCACUACAAUUCGUACGAGGAUAAAGUCGCGGACGUCAUUCCAACCAAGCGCAAACAUGCCACGGAGGCAGUAACCAACGGUUCCGGCGUUAGCAUCACUUCCAACAAAAGCGGAGUAACCAGCUUGGAUUCCAAGCCAAAAUCUGGCUUAAAAGCAAAGCCCAAACACAUCGAUGCCGAUGAUGAUGAUAACAGCCCUGCCUUGGAGACUCAGCCACCAUCCAAGAUCAAGCGCGAACGAAGAUCCAUUUCCCAGGGUGGCGAAAAAGAAAAGUCUUCCAGCCGCACCAGCUCUUCUCGGCAGGGAACCCACAUGAAGAGAUCCCAGAGCCCAGUACAAAGAAUUUCCAGAGCCAGCUCUGUCGAGUCCAAACCAGCCCGCCGCUCCGGCCGAUCACCUGUUCGCCCAAGCCGGUUUAAAAACUUCGUAGUCGGUGACACAAAGGUCAAUAAGGUCAAAGGUCCCAAGUCCAAGAUUCAACGUGUUUCCCCAUCGCCUGCCAAGGAGCUGAAAGUGGAGCAGAUGGAUGGAGCCAGGUUCGAUGCCCUGCAGCGGUUGGACAGCAUGCUGGACAUGCCCAAGCCACGACCUGUUAAGAUUCUGCUCUUGGAAAAUAUGGGCGAAGACGAUGUUAUGAAAACUUUUGAAAACUAUCGUUCCAACUUCGACAAGCUGUUCAAGGAGCGUGAGUUUAAGCCGCGAACCACUAACUAUAUGAACAUUGAUCACAUGGACGUCAUUGACAUACUUAGUAAGACCAUCCAUCAGAAGAUGCUUAAGAGACUGGGCGAAGUUUACAGCAGUCGAAGCAAUCACACAUCACUGCUCAUAAACGGACUGCUCCCAUUGUGGAUAGUACGCCUUUUUAUGGACACUUACAAACUGUCCCAAUCGGAGGCCGUUCAGCAAAUCCGGGACCAAAUGAAGUACAACUCAUAUCUUAAGGCCUUGAACAAUGAGCCACUAAGUUCCGACUUUGAUGACUGACCUUAGUCUUUUUUCAGGAUGUCAAAUCACAUCGCAUUUCAUACUUAUUAGAUAAAUAGACCAUUAUUAUAAUUAUGUUUCCCCAUGAACGAAUGAAUACCUGAUAAAUUUCA